UUUCUGGCCAGUGAAAUGUAUUUUUUGCGGUCCAGCUGUGGUGAAUGAGUUUGAUGUAUAAUUAAGCUGUAAGUGUGUGAUGUUGUGGAUGUGUAGAUUGUGUGUUGUCUCUUCAGUGAUGGAUCAUUAUGUGGGUGUGUUGUGAUGAUGAUCCUCCACACACAGCUGUGUUGUUUAGUUCACUCACAGAAAGUCAUGGAGAUCUGCAACCGUCUGAACGCCGCUCUCUUCCUGCAGGUCUGGAAACAGUUCGAUGGAGACGAUGAAGGAUUUAUUGAAGGGAGAAAACUGGAGGAGUUUUUACGACACAUGAUGAAGACUGCUGAUGUUUCUGAGCAGCACCUGCAGAAACUGAAAGAGAAGAUUAUGAGCAGCUGUGAUGUCACGGUGAACGGACGUCUUUAUAUGGAGGAGCUGGCCACCGCUCUUCUGCCCGAGCAGGAAAACUUUCUCCUGGUGUUUCGCAGAGAGACGCCGCUGGAUAACAGUGUGGAGUUCAUGAGGAUCUGGCGUUGUUAUGAUGCAGACAGCAGUGGCUAUAUCUCUGCUGCAGAACUGAAGAGUUUCCUGCAGGAUCUUUUCCAUCAGCAUAACAAGCAGAUCACUACAGAUAAACUAGAGGAGUACACCGAUACCAUGAUGCAAAUGUUUGAUAAAAAUCAGGAUGGACGUUUGGAUCUGAAUGAUUUGGCGAGGAUCCUGGCCUUAAAGGAGAACUUCUUGCUAAAGUUUGAGAUGGAGGCCUGCAGUCAGGAGGAUCGCAGGAGAGACUUUGAGAAGAUAUUUGCUCACUAUGAUGUGAGUAAGACAGGAGAACUAGAGGGUGCAGAGGUGGACGGUUUUGUUAAAGACAUGAUGGAGCUUGUGAAGCCCAGUCUGACCGGAUCUGACCUGGACAAGUUUAAAAAGGUUCUGCUGGGUCACUGUGACAUCAACAGAGACGGAAAGAUCCAGAAGAAUGAGUUAGCGCUGUGUCUGGGCCUAAAACUCAAUCCUUAAAUCUCCUCCAGUGAAGCUGAUAAUAUGACUCAGUGCUCUCUAUCUGUGUUGAUUCUGUACUGUUAUAGUGCAUCACAAACACUGAUGAUGUAUUUACACUCUUACAAAGACAAAACAUCACAUGUGAUUUGUGUUAAUCUCGUUCAGAUCACAUGUGAUUCAAAUGUAUUCUCGAUGAAUAAACCCAUGACCUUGAGUGUUGCAAGAGAAAACCAGCUGAGAUGAAUGACUCGAAAAUCAAAUCAAAUAAACACUUGCUGAAUAUGAA